UGCCGUGUCAUGGAGGCUCAGUCUCGCAGCAGCCAUUGAAGGGGAAGCUGCCGUGGGCGCGCGCGUGUCUCCCUGUGUGUGGCUGUGUGUGCGUGCCCGGGGGUGCGCGCGCCGCGGGUGUGUGGACCGGGAGGUGGGGGCGGCCGAGUUAGUCCCAAGUCGUCGGACUCCAUUCGCUCUUCUCGCCUCCGUCCCCCACCCCCCGGCGGCGGUGGGCGCUCGUCUCCGCGCCGCUCUCCAUUCAUCUCCAGACCUUGAGGGCUGGUUCAGGGUUGGGGGCAGCGGGGAGGGCAGGCGCGGGGCACGGAGGAGGACAUGGAGAUGAAGAAGAAGAUCAACCUGGAGUUGAAGAACAGAGCCCCGGAGGAGGUGACAGAGUUAGUCCUUGAUAAUUGCUUGUGUGUCAAUGGGGAAAUUGAAGGCCUGAAUGACACCUUUAAAGAACUGGAGUUUCUUAGCAUGGCCAACGUGGAAUUAAGUUCCUUGGCCCGGCUACCCAGCUUAAAUAAACUUCGGAAGUUGGAACUUAGCGACAAUAUAAUUUCUGGAGGCUUGGAAGUCCUGGCAGAGAAAUGUCCGAAUCUUACCUACCUCAAUCUGAGUGGAAACAAAAUUAAAGAUCUCAGUACAGUAGAAGCACUGCAAAAUCUUAAAAAAUUGAAAAGCCUCGACUUGCUUAACUGUGAGAUCACCAACCUGGAAGAUUACAGAGAAAGUAUUUUUGAACUGCUGCAGCAGAUCACGUACCUAGACGGAUUCGAUCAGGAGCACAAUGAGGCACCUGACUCGGAAGAGGAGGAUGAUGAGGAUGGAGAUGAGGAUGAGGAAGACGAGGAUGAAGAUGAAGCUGGUCCACCUGAAGGAUAUGAAGAGGAGGAAGAUGAAGAGGAAGAUGAGGAUGAAGCAGGCUCAGAAGUGGGAGAGGGAGAAGAGGAGGUGGGCCUCUCAUACUUAAUGAAAGACGAGAUUCAGGAUGAAGAAGAUGAUGAUGAUUACGUUGACGAAGGGGAGGAAGAAGAAGAAGAGGAAGACGAGGGUGUGCGGGGAGAGAAGAGGAAGCGAGAUGCUGAAGAUGAUGGAGAGGAGGACGACUAGGUCCCCCAGGCCGGGGCUGCCCGACACCCCUGGGCAAGCAGUAGAGUGAUCACAUUGUCUGUCCCCUUCUGUAUGAUAGCUGUCCCUAUAGGAGAUGAUGUGUAACUUUUUAUAGGAAAAGUGUGGUUUUACUAUUUUGGCCUUAUCAUUCCGAUUAAGAUUUGCUAGUCUGUUAAUCAUAAUGUACGUAGAAAAGAAUUUUCAUUCAUCUUUCCAUUGUGGAAUUCUCUAGCAUUGUAUUUAGAUUCUGGAUUUUUAUAAUUAAUGCUUAAUGUAUUAGACAUUUUUAGCCCAUAAUUAAAACAUGGUUGCUUUUACACAGGUGUAGUUUGGUGCAUUUCAUUCAUAAUGUUUUAAAGUUAUUUAUAAAUUAACAAAGUACUCUCAGCUGUAAUAUGAAAUGGCAAUAGGCUCUUGAAUGAUAAAGCUGAAUUUUUUUUAAGGCGAUCCAGGUAUCAGUUUGAAGACAGUUUCUGGGGUAGGGUGAGGGCAUUUGAGGGCUUUCCUGUCACAAUCGGAAAGUAGGGGUAGAAUAAGAGGGUUCGUUUCAGCCGGGUAGGUUAUGGACUCAGGUUCUGUUCCGUGAUAUAGUUCAAGGCUUUUGGGGAGCCAGACUUGCAGCUGAGCCCUUUCUGUGGGUGACUCUGCCAGCGGGUUGUUGGUUCAGGUGUGCAUUCUCCCCCAGCUGUUUGUGCACCAUCAUUUUCCAUUGUUAUUCCUCUCCACGUGCGGAAGAAAGCCAGCAAAGUUGUUGAUACCCAGGAACUGCCUGUACCUCAGCCAUCUGGGUUAGAAACAAGUGGCGUGGAAGCGAUGGAGUAUUGUUGAUCUACAGGGAUGAGUAUAUGAGGGCCGAGGCAGGGAUUUGCUUGCUGUGCAGCUUCCUUUGUUUGACAACACGAGGCUGUCUUAGGAUAAAGAGGCUGCGUUCUCCUUUCUCAGAGGCCAGACUGGUGGCCCGCUGAUAACUAAAAACACGCUCAAGUCUAAUUUCUAAGUUGUUUUCCUGGGCUAUUUGAGUACCAACAGUGUGAAGUAUUUAUUAUGUUUCUGAAUGGAACCUUUAAUUUUUCUUCCUAUAUUUUCAAAGUGUGAUCAGAUGUAGCAUUUGAUUGAGAUACAGUGGCAAGGGAGGACUGUUUGAAUCAUCAAUCUUGAAGUUGGUGUUUAUUUCAGGUGGAUUUCUGGAAAAAAAAAAACAUUUGGAGUAAGCUUGGCUACUAAACAUGAGUAGAGAGUCCCUCUCCUUUUUGUCCCAGAGGCUCCACAUUCAAGGCAAUUGCUUUCUAAAUCUUGUUCAUUAUUUUUGUCUCCUUUUGUAUUUUUUUAAGUUGUCAGCAGAUUAUUCUGCCUCUCUACUGGGACACAGAAAUUGCGCAUAAUAGUAAGGCUGUUGCUUUUCAGCUUAAGAUGUUUGACCUGGAGUUUUAAAAUAACAAAAAUGAAAUUAUUCACAGAGAAGCUAACAAAAUUGCAUACCUGACUGAAAUAAAUGUGAUAAAUUCAGCGCAAGUACUGGGCUCUCCAAAGGACUAACCUUUGUCUCCUGUUUCAAUAAUUGCAAAGCUUGCUUUUUGUCCCUAAGAAUUCUCUUUGCACAUUAUGCCAGAUUCAAAAUAAAUGCUUAUUUUUUAAAAAAAAUCUAUAUAUUGACUUUUUUAUCAAUCAUUAUGCAACCAAAAUUAGAGUUCUUGGGUUUAAAAACAACACAUAGGGCCUCCAGAUAAACUAUUAAGACUUACUGAGCUUUGUGGGUGGUAUUUUCAUGCAAAUAAGCAAGGGUGGGUUUUCUAUUCUGUAGAAGUUCUGAGUUCUGUUCUAAGCUCUGUACUGCGUGUGUAUACGUCCUUAGAGACUCUGAAGUUAAUACUUUUGUGCAACUGUAUUUUGAAUAAAGCCACCACAGUGUUAAACACAAGGACAGGCAGUACUGGUCAUGUUUGUUUGUUUUUUUUCCUGAUUGCUGUAACUUAAGUUUUUGGAACUGAAUUGCUUUGAAUAAAUUGAAGCGUUGUUCAUAAUGAC